AUGAAAUCUGAAUUGGUAAAAUCGUAUCUAUUUCGAUCCCAGCAUGUGUUUGUCUUCUUGUGUCCUGCAGACGUCUGUGAAAAAUAUCGUCCACCUGAGCAGCAGGAGGGGUCCUCCAGUGUGGAGCAGAAGAGGUCACAGCACUUCCACGUGAAAGAAGAGGAACCACAGCCCCCCCACUUCAUAGAGGAAGACAAGAGACACCUCAUCAGUGUGAAGAGUGAAGAUGAUGAGGUCAAAGGUGAGAGUGAGGAGAAGAGAGAGGCGGAGCCUCCAAGCAGCAGCUCAACUCAACACAUGACAACAGAAGCUGAUGGAGACCACUGUGGAGGAUCACAAGCAGACAAGCUCUUAGCUCCACUAUCAGAUAGUGAGGACACAACGUCACACUCUCCUGACACUGAUGAUGAAGACUCUAAAGAUGAUAAGACAUGUCACACUGACAACACACACUUCACAUGUUUUUUCUGUGACAAAACUUUUAAAUACCAUUGUCGUCUAAAAAUACACAUGAGAAUACACACUGGAGAAAAAACUUUUUCCUGCUCAGAAUGUGGUAAAAGUUUUGUAACAAAUCAAUGUUUAAAAAUACACAUGAGAACACACACUGGUGAAAAACCUUUUUCAUGUUCAAUCUGCGGUAAAGAUUUUACUCAAAGGUCCCAAUUAAAAUCACACAUGAGAACGCACUCUGGUGAAAAACCUUUUUCCUGCCCAGAAUGUGGUAAAAGUUUUGUAACAAAUCAAAGUUUAAAAAUACACAUGAGUACACACACUGGUGAAAAACCCUUUUCCUGCUCAGAAUGUGGUAAAAGUUUUGUAACAAAUCAAAGUUUAAAUAUACACAUGAGUACACACACUGAUGAAAAACCUUUUUCCUGCUCAGAAUGUGGUAAAAGUUUUGUAACAAAUCAAAGUUUAAAAAUACACACGAGAACACACACUGGUGAAAAACCUUUUUCCUGCUCAGAAUGUGGUAAAAGUUUUGUAACAAAUCAAAGUUUAAAUAUACACAUGAGUACACACACUGGUGAAAAACCCUUUUCCUGCUCAGAAUGUGGUAAAAGUUUUGUAACAAAUCAAAGUUUAAAUAUACACAUGAGUACACACACUGGUGAAAAACAUUUUUCCUGCUCAGAAUGUGGUAAAAGUUUUGUAACAAAUCAAAAUUUAAAAACACACACGAGAACACACACUGGAGAAAAAUCUUUUUCCUGCUCAGAAUGUGGUAAAAGUUUUGUAACAAAUCAAAGUUUAAAAAUACACAUGAGAACACACAAUAGGUGAGAAACCUUUUUCAUGUUCAAUCUGCGGUAAAGAUUUUACUCAAAGCCCCCAAUUAAAAUCACACAUGAGAACACACUCUGGUGAAAAAAUAUAUUUCUGUUCAAGCUGCAACAAAUGCUUCCGUCACCUAAACACUCU